AAAAACCAAAUGAUGAGAGUUUUUGAAUGAUCGUGGAACGAGGAGAAGAGAAUAAUAAAUACAAUUAAAUAUCUUUAUAAAGUGAAUAAAUAAAAUAGUGAGCGAGUUUUUCAGAACUCGCUAAUGAUGCGUAAACAUGUAACUUCGGUAACGAGCCUAUUCAUGUGUUCUCAUAUGGCAAAAUGAACUUAUAAUAUGAAACUAAGACACCAUAACGUAGAAUGCUUUAAAACAAUGCCGAGCGUGAUAAACAUAUGAAAAGUAUUCAUUUGAGGGAAAAACGGUAACAAUUUCCCCUAUUUUUAAAAACUAACUAUAAUAAUGUUUAAUAAGACGGUAUUAUCGUUAUAAGAUGCCGGCGGGCCGGACGAGGAACACAUUCCCCGAUGACGCGCCUGUUUGUUGUGGUCCGUCGCGAGUGCGUGGACACGUACUGCGGCCUUAUCGGCGACCAGGCGGCCGCGUGGCAGCCCGUCGCACUGUCCUGCUGCAGUCCCGCGAGUGAGGCCGCGCGGAGCCCCGAGUGCUGCCGGAGACGACCGGAGGUGCCCGAGCACCUGUGCAGACUUGAACAUGAUGCGGAUGUUAAUUUUUGUGCUGGCUCUGGUAGAGCAGGCUACUCCGCAGUUAUCAUUGUUUGGCGAAGCGCUGUUGAAGCUUGUCAAAGAAGGUGUCGCACAAGCAAACAACGAACCACGAGACGAGGCGAACAUAUAUCGAGAGUACGACUUCAUCGUGGUGGGCGCCGGCAGCGCGGGCUGCGUGGUCGCCAACAGACUCACCGAGGUCCCCGACUGGACCGUGCUGCUCAUAGAGGCGGGGCGCGAGGAGAACUACGUCAUGGACAUCCCCAUCAUCGCCAACUACCUGCAGUUCUCCGAGGCCAACUGGAAGUACAAGACAGAGCCUUCAGAAACGGCGUGCCUAGGCCACACCAACCGGCGGUGCAACUGGCCGCGUGGCAAGGUCAUGGGCGGCUGCAGUGUCCUCAACUACAUGAUCUACACCCGAGGCAACUGGCGCGACUACGACAACUGGCGCAGCAUGGGCAACGACGGCUGGGGCUUCGACGAUGUCCUGCCCUACUUUCUCAAGUCCGAGGACAACAACAUCGAGGGGAUGGAAGUGGACGAGGAGUAUCACUCCAAAGGAGGCUACUUAUCCGUUAGUAACAUUCCUUAUCGUACAGCCCUAGCUGAUGGCUUCAUCCAGGCUGGCCUGGAGACAGGAUCUAGAGUCGUGGACUACAACAGCAGGACCCAAGUUGGUUUCUCUUAUCUGCAGGUCAACAUGAAGAAUGGGUCACGUUGGAGUGUGGCACGGGCUUUCCUGCACCCCAUACGUCACAGGAAGAAUUUACAUGUGAAGAAACAGUCACAUGUAACGAGAAUCCUCAUUGACCCCAGAACAAAAGUUGCUUACGGAGUGGAGUUUGUGAACAAGCGUAGAACGUACACUGUGAUGGCUAAGAGAGAGGUAAUUUUAUCUGCAGGUGCCGUUAACUCCCCUCAGAUUCUUAUGCUGUCUGGCAUAGGUCCACGGGAGCAUUUGAGAAGUCUCAAAAUACCUGUUAUAAAAGAUCUGAAAGUAGGCUACAACCUCAUGGAUCACAUUGCUCUUGGUGGCUUAACAUUCAUAUGUAAUGGUACUUCCUUGCGAACGUAUGAUUUGAUAGGUAAUUCCGACAAUUAUGUGGAAUAUCUUGCACAUAACAGAGGACCAUUUUCAAUACCCGGUGGCUGCGAAGCCUUGGCUUUCUACGACCUGCAAUCACCAGACGCGACUGACGGCUACCCGGACAUGGAACUCCUCUUCCAAGGUGGGUCCAUAGUCUCUGACCCAACUCUAAAAAUGAAUUUUGGAAUUAGUGACGAUUUAUUCGAUAAAGUGUACAAAGACAUUGAAAACGAAGACACUUGGAUGGUGCUGCCAAUGCUAUUACGACCCAAAAGCCGAGGUCGAAUAAUGCUUAAAGAUAAAAAUCCUAAACAUAAACCUUUGAUCUACGCUAACUACUACACUGCCAAGGAAGAUUUAGAAAUAAUGGUAGCUGGUGUGAAGAAGGCAAUAGAACUAAGCAGAACGGAAGCUAUGCAGAGGUUUGGUUCCAGGCUGCACAACAACACAAUUCCCGGCUGCGCGCAGUUUCAGUUCGGGUCGGACGAGUACUGGGGCUGCGCGGCGCGCCAGCUGACCUUCACCAUCUACCACCACUCGGGCACCUGCAAGAUGGGGCCCGGCUCGGACCCCACGGCCGUGGUGGACCCCCGCCUGCGAGUGCACGGCAUAGCAGGUCUGAGGGUAGUCGACGCCUCCAUCAUGCCGGUGAUACCGAACUGCCACACCAACGCUCCUACCUACAUGAUCGCCGAGAAAGCAUCGGAUAUGAUAAAAGAAGACUGGCGUAGACAAUCUUGAUUCCAUGAUGUGUAAGCUUCAGUGUUUAGGGGUUUUCAAUUUUCAAUGGAAACAAAAAUCAACAUAAUUUAAUAUUACAAUAUCACUCCUGUAGACACACAGACUGUCAAUGAUAGGUACUCUUGGUUGAUGCAUCUCACCAGUUGCUGCCGGUCACAUUCACUUGCCAGUUCUGUCUGAGGUCGUUAGGACUUAUGGGCAGUUGCACUAUUGUGUUUUGAAAGCUGAACGAAAUAAUUUGAAGCUUCGAGAUGAGCCGACACUCGGGUCGGUUCAUGGAGAAUGAUCUCGAAUCGACACUGCGUGAGCAAACAUGUCCGGAAUUUUUACGGACUUUAUGCAUAUUUAUUUAAUAAAAUGUAAAUAUCAGAGCGUUGUU